CGGGUCAUUAGUGGAUACGGCGGCCGCGGGGGUAGUACCAGCGGCGUUUAGCUAGCUCGGCCUUGUCCAGGCUCGAGGCUCCGCUCCAUCAUGGCUCCCAAAGGCGGCUCCAAGCAGCAGUCCGAAGAGGAUUUGCUUCUGCAGGAUUUCAGCCGCAACCUCUCGGCCAAGUCCUCCGCGCUCUUCUUCGGGAAUGCCUUCAUCGUGUCCGCCAUCCCCAUCUGGUUAUAUUGGCGAAUAUGGCAUAUGGAUCUUAUUCAGUCUGCUGUUCUCUACAGUGUGAUGACCCUAGUAAGCACUUACUUGGUAGCCUUUGCAUACAAAAAUGUGAAAUUUGUUCUCAAACACAAAGUAGCACAGAAGAGGGAGGAUGCUGUUUCCAAAGAAGUGACUCGAAAACUUUCUGAAGCUGAUAACAGAAAGAUGUCUCGAAAGGAAAAAGAUGAAAGAAUCUUGUGGAAGAAGAACGAAGUUGCUGAUUAUGAAGCUACAACAUUUUCCAUCUUCUAUAACAACACCCUAUUCCUGGUCUUGGUCAUUGUUGCUUCCUUCUUUAUAUUGAAGAACUUCAACCCUACAGUGAACUAUAUUUUAUCCAUAAGUGCUUCAUCAGGCCUCAUUGCCCUCCUGUCUACUGGCUCCAAGUAGACCGUGCCGGCUUUGCCCCCUGGCUUUGUAUCUACGGGUGGCCUGUGGUAUAUGGAAACGCAGCAGGGUGGUCAGGGUGAGAGACACACAAGAUGUUUUUAUAGUCUUCAGUUGGAGGGUUUGAAAAACCCAACAAAAUGUAAUUCAGUAUUUGUUUAUUGGCUCUUUUUUGACAGAUUGUUGAAAUUAAAUGAAUUGAAAGGGAAACUCAGAGUGCCAGGACAUUUUUUAAAAGGUAAAAGUGUCUUGCAAUGUGCUUAAAUCACAAGAGGAGAAAAUAACUUGUUUCCUUGAUCUGUCAGAGGUCACAGUAACCUGGACUGAGCUGUUAUUGUUAAAAUAGUAGCAACAAGUUAAUAGGUGGUUCUUUGUGUUCUAACCACAAUAUUACAACUUCUGUGAACCAUAAAUAUCAGAAUGAAGAAUCCUUUUCCCCCUGGGGAUUGAACAGAAGCCUCAUGUUUACAAAUCUCUGAAUUUGUGAUUUGAAAUAACUCAGAGUUAAAAACAAGGUCUCCAAUUUGGGGCAGAGAAACUUGUGGAAAAGUUUUUUUUUGUUUUCUUUUCUUUUUUUUUUUUUUUUUUUAACAGAAGAGAGUCAGCCAGGGUAAUAACCUAAAAUUAGUGGCCAGGCAUCUGAGAGUUGUCCCGUGGGGUUAAAGCACAUACUGUUCAGCUAUAUAGCCCUGCCUUGGGCGGCCAGGGAGGUCAGCUCAACCCUACCAUGUUGGUUUGACCUGACCUGGAGACUGGAGUCAUUGUUUUCCUUGCCUAGGGUCUCACAUCAC